AUGUCCUUCCUGCCCGAUUUCGGGAACUUCGCCAUGGGCAUGUGGUCUGUUGGUCUUGGAGCCAUUGGUGCAGCUGUGACAGGGAUCGUCCUUGCUAACACUGACUUAUUUUUGUCCAAGCCAGAAAAGGCUACGUUGGAGUUUUUAGAGGAGAUAGAGCUAAAAACUUUGGGAGCAGAACAAGGAACAUUCAAAGCAGGUGAACUAUGGAAGAAGAAUGGUGCGGUGAUCAUGGCUGUGCGAAGACCUGGAUGAUUUUUGUGCAGAGAGGAGGCUUCUGAGCUUUCCUCUCUGAAACCUCAGCUGUCCAAGCUGGGUGUCCCUCUCUAUGCUGUUGUGAAAGAGAAGAUAGGGACUGAAGUGGAGGAUUUUCAGCGUUAUUUCAAAGGAGAAAUCUUUCUGGAUGAAAAGAAAGGCUUCUAUGGUCCACGCAGACGAAAAAUGAUGAUGUCAGGCUUCUUCCGCUUUGGAGUCUGGCAAAAUUUCUUCCGUGCUUGGAAAAGUGGAUAUAGUGGUAACCUGGAAGGAGAAGGAUUCACCCUGGGAGGAGUAUAUGUGAUUGGGGCAGGAAGACAGGGUGUUUUACUGGAGCAUCGUGAGAAAGAAUUUGGAGACAAAGUCAGCCUUCCAUCUGUCCUUGAAGCUGCUGAGAAGAUAAAACCACAGGCUUCAUAAGCGGAAAAAUAGUUGCACGUGUUUUUGAUCACAGCUUGAAACGUAGAAUGCAUCUGUUUCUUGAACGUGCAGUUUAAUUGCUUCUUAACUAUUUAGUGAUCAACGCAGAGGAAAGAUUCUCUAUUCAAACGUAGAAAACGAUGAAAAUCCUCCUCGAUCUUUUUUUGUUGCUUUGCAGCCUUUCAGGUGGCCAGGAUUUCAACUGCUCUUUUGUGUCUGACUGUAUUAAUGAAAGGCUGGGACUAAAAUCUGGCCUAGCCUAGAUGUUUUCAGUCAGAGACAGUCGGUUGAAAACCUGUCUACCUAGGGGAGCAAAACUCCGCUAAGGCUGGAGUAACGGAGUACCAGCUGAGGUUGAAUAAAACUUUAUGUACAUGAAA